CCGCCUUGGGUUUAUUAGGAGCGCUAGGAGGCGAGCCAGCCCCGCCGAGGCGCCCAGACAAGCGAGCGAGCCCCCGGCCCUGCCAGCCCAGCCGCACCCCGCCUCGUCUUGGUCAUCUCCUUCCUGGCCAAGGGGUGCAGCAGCCGGAGCCCGCCCAGCGAAGCGGCCAGAGCAGCCCCAGCCCAGCUCGGGCACCCAGCAGCGGCGCCCCAUCCCGCCACAGCCCAGCGGAGGCAGCGGCACCAGCAGCGGCAGCGGCAGCGGCGGCCCCGCUCAGUCCUGAGCCCAGUCCGGAGCCCGGCGGCGGCAGCAGCACCAGCAUCAUGCCCGGCGUGGCGGUGGCGCUGCUGGGGCUGUGCGCCCUGGCGCUCUGUGGGCAGCCGGCUCUCUCGCAGAUCAUGGGGACAAACACCCCUCCAGAGGAUCUUGACGGGUCUGGUGAUGAUGACGAUGCCUUCUCCGGCUCUGGGGCGGGGGCCUCUCUGGAGACGCCGCUGUUGGACCUGCGCCUCCUGUCCAGGAAGACGGCUGUGCUCACCACCACCUUGACGGCUGCUCCGGCCGAGCCCACGCACGCCAGCCCAGGGCAAGCAUCCGCAGUCGAACGAGAAGCCUCGGGAGAGGGAUCAGCGGGCCUGCCUGGAAGGGGGCCUGAGGCAGAGUCUGCCCCCAGCCACGAGCCCACCCACUCAUCUCCUGCAGUGACGCUUCCUUCCACCGCCCACCGUCCUUUGACGGUAGGAGCCACCACGGCCUCAGAUCCCAGCGUGGUGGAACCAAGGGUGUCUACACCCGAGCCCCCGAGCUCUGGAGGUGAAGGCCCCUUGGCCAGUGGCGCUCCAGAAAGUGACGGCCAGCCGGACAGAGGCUCAACUCAGCAUCUAGGAGAGGAGAGCUCAGGAAGCGGGAGCGAUGACUUCACCUUCGCCCCCUCUGGAGAGAAGCCUGCCUCCCCCCUGGAGAGGAACAAACCUGACCAGGAAGUGAUCGAGGGUGAAGCCACAGGAGCCUCCCAGGGCAUCCUGGACCGGAAGGAGGUUUUAGGAGGGGUCAUUGCUGGAGGCCUCGUGGGCCUGCUCUUUGCCGUCUUCCUGGUUGGAUUCAUGCUCUACCGGAUGAAGAAGAAGGAUGAAGGCAGCUACUCCCUGGAGGAGCCAAAGCAGGCCAACGGUGCCUACCAGAAGCCUCAGCGGCAGGAAGAGUUCUACGCCUGAAGGCCCAGCCACCGGUCCUGGAGAGUGGCGGGUGUUUCUCCCCUUCCCUGGCUGCCUUGCCCCCUCGCACACAGACCCCAAACCAUCUCUUCCACUCAGGACUUGGAGCCUGGAGUCUCUCCCCACACCUGGCUCUCUCUCCAGCUUUGGCUCUGGCCUGGUCCACUCUGGCCCCGAGCUCUUCAGAGGCUGGAGUACAGCCUCAGUUGCUUCUGGCUGGGUCUCUGAUUGCCACCUUGGGCUGGGGUGGGGUGGGGGGCAGGAGGGAAGACUUACAUGUGACCUUUCAAAAAGAAUGAGACUUUACUCCCUGGUCCUUCCAACCUUGGCCUUGCCAGUUGGCCCCCCUCCCCUCCCUCCAGCCCCUUUCCCUUGCUCUGCCCCCCUCAGCAUACCCCUCGCUCUGGCCCCCCUCCCC